AGACCCAACCCACAAUCUAUUCCGUUUUCACUCUUCAGUUUCUGUAAAAGCUGGGCGGCUGCGAAAUCUAUCAUUUUAUCUUCUGCAGCUGUAUCGCUCUAAAGUUUUUUAGUUCUACGACGGUGAAGAAUACAAAAUAUUUUCAAAAUGACAACCUACUUUGAGUACCCAUCUGUAGAACUCCAGAAUGAACUUAGCAAGAUUGCCAAUGCCAUGGUGGCUGACGGUAAAGGUUUGUUGGCCGCUGAUGAGUCUGUGUCAACCAUGGGUAAACGUCUUCAAGAUAUUGGAGUUGAAAAUACUGAAGAUAAUCGCCGUGCCUACAGACAAUUGUUAUUUACUGCUGAUGAACCUUUAAAUGAUCGUAUUUCUGGUGUCAUUUUAUUCCACGAAACCCUCUACCAAAAAACUGAUGAUGGUGUACCUUUUGUUGAAAUUCUCAAAAACCGUUGCAUUAUCCCUGGAAUUAAAGUUGAUAUGGGUGUUGUGAACUUAUUUGGAUCGGAAGGAGAAACUACCACUCAAGGAUUGGAUGAUUUGGCUCAACGUUGUGCUCAGUACAAAAAAGAUGGAUGUCAUUUUGCUAAGUGGCGUUCAGUAUUAAAGAUUGGUAAGAAUAUUCCUUCAUACCAAGCUAUUUUGGAAAAUGCUAACGUGUUGGCUAGAUACGCUUCCAUCUGCCAAGCCAACCGAAUUGUUCCAAUUGUAGAACCUGAGGUAUUGUGUGAUGGAGAACAUGAUUUGGACCGUUGCCAAAAAGUCACUGAAACUGUGCUGGCUGCAGUAUACAAGGCUCUGAAUGAUCACCAUGUGUACCUUGAAGGUACUAUUUUGAAGCCUAACAUGGUUACUCCUGGCCAAUCUGCCUGUAAGAAGGCUACAGCUGACGAAAUAGCUAAAGCCACAGUAACUGCUCUUCAACGCACUGUCCCUCCAGCAGUUCCUGGAAUUAUGUUUUUGUCUGGUGGUCAAACUGAGGAAGAAGCAUCCGUAAAUUUAAAUGCGAUUAACAAGUAUAAUGCUAAGAAACCAUGGGCAUUGAGCUUCAGUUAUGGGCGUGCUCUGCAAGCUUCAGUCUUAAAAGCAUGGCAAGGAAAGAAAGAAAAUAUUAAAACCGCUCAAGAUGAACUUCUUAAGAGAGCAUUGGCGAACAAACUAUCAGCUCUGGGCAAAUACGAAGCUGGAUCCGUACAAACAGCUGCUGGUUCUCAGGGACUAUUUGUUAAAGAUCAUGCCUAUUAAGCUACAAACUACAUUUUCAUAAAUAUUAUAAAAUUUAUACAUUUUUAAGUCAGUUACCAAAUUAUGAACACUUAUUAUAGUAACAGCUUUUCUUCAUGUUUUUAUUUCACUGUUAGAAUGUGUCAACAUUUAAAAUAUAUAUUAUAUUAAAAUACUAUUAUUUUAUUUUGAUUUAAAUUUUUAGUAUACAAUAUACUGUUAAUAACUAUUAAAUAUUAAUUUAGAAGAAUAUAGAAAAUGUAUUGGUAAUUGUGCUAUUAAAGUACAUAAACUUAAAAAGGACAGUCAGAUUUUAUAUUAGAAGUUGAAUCUAAAUAUGUACACUGUAUUUAGAAAAUAAAAUCUUAGGUCUUAUAUUUUAUCAAAUAAUUCAUAUAUUAUUAUAAACAAAUUAUUUAUUUCCAAGGUAUUAAUUGAGAAAUUAGGUCCUUAAAUUUGUAUUCUGAAGUAACCUUUAAAACAAUGGUAAAUACAAAUAAAACAAAUUGUGUUAUGGAAUACAAUUAAAAUAUUGUAGAUGUUAAUAAUGUAGUUUUUUUUGUAAUUUAUGUUCCAUAAUAUAUUAAAUUGUUACUCAACUAUAUAAGCAACAAUCUUAGCACUUGUUAUUAUAAAAAACACUGACAUAUUAUUGAAUCUAAAUAAAUAAAAUACAAUUUUA